AUGACGAAGCGACAACGCACAAGCUCCCGGUCCGUAUCCCCAGCGGGCGACAAGCUGGCAAUGGACGACGAUUCGGACGACGCCAUGGCCACACGCAACGGGUCGUCCAAAAAGGCAUCGCGCAGUGCAGCGCUCGCACGGUCACAGGCACAGCGCGAGCGGGCCGAGAAGGAAGAAAAGGAACGGCAGCGCGCCGAGGCCGCUAGCAAACGCAACGGACGCGCAGAGCGUCGCAGAGUCGACGGUAAGGACACGACAAAGGGUAGAAAGUCCUGUGCAAGUAGUGAAGGGCACGCCGCUAACUCGGAAACAGAUUCCGAUCCGUCAGAUGAAGCGCCAUUAGCAACAACGCGUGCGACGGCCGCAACGCGGACAUCGUCUGCCCCCGCCCCUCCCGCAGCCACACCAGCAACAGCGUCGGCGAGUGGAAAUACCUCCACAACACCGACCAAUGCCCCCUCGCUGUCCGCCACGCCGGCGCCUGCCACCGCGCCGCGCUCAGUGCCACCUCGACCUUCCCAGCCGUCACCCGAAACGCCACCACCGACCUCCGCACCUGCCAUGGCACAGUCCAAGUCCAAGGGCGGCCGGCCGACGCACAAGAAGAAGGGCCGCAACCAAUACACCAAGGAGCGGGACGCGCGCGAGGAGCUCAACUCGAUGACCCGGUCACGAUCCAGGGACGUGCCAGACAACGGGCAGAGCAAGCCGGGCUCGAGCAGCGGCAGUGGCUCGCACAGCAACCAGAACAACAAGUCCGGGUCGCGCUCCAAGGGCGGCGGCGGCAGCAACAGUCGUGUCAGCCUCAACGAGAUGCGGCGACGCGUCUCGGCCAUGUCGGACUUUAUUGGCAAGACGCAGAUUGACAUUGCCAGCGGCGAGUACCUGGCGUCGGCGGUGGCCACACCAGACGGCGGCAAGGCCGGCAGUGUCCAUGCAGCGACGGACCCGAACAGCGCAGCGACAACACCGUCGUCCACCUCGGCAUCACAACAGCCAGCCACCAGCAACGGCGUGUCGUUGGAUGUUGCGCACGAGAAGGACUUUAAACAGCUCCCGCUAUUGGAGAUGAUGGACACGCUCACUCGGAACAUCAUACACUGGCAGAACCAGUACGGAAAUUGA